AAAUAUGCAAUGUACAUCUAGUGAGCAGUCUAAAGCUGAUAAGUCAUUAGUAAAUGCUAACAAUUGUGUUUCACAGGAAUGAUGUUUUCGAAAACCAUGCUGAAAGGAAGGAAAAAACAGGCUCACCAAGUAGUUUCUGAACGUGACAGCUUAGAAAUAAAGAACGAGGAAAAGGAAAAAGAGUGCCAACGCAUGUUGGAACUUCUUGGACAGCAUAAUGUGGAUAUAGAUCAGUUGAACAAAUAUCUCAAGAACAUACAGGACCAAACAGAGGAUGAGAAGCACAAAGUAAAGCAUAGGCGGGAAGUAGAGGGAAACCUUCAAGAAGAAUACGAACAGCAGAUCUCUCAUCUGCACACAAAGGUGGAGCAGAAGCAGCAAGAACUGGAAAGUGUUCACAGAGAAAAAAGGAAGCUGGAGAGAGAGCUCGAGCAACUGUGGCAGGUACUUGCCCACGAGACUGAACUUAAGGCAUUGCCAGGCGACACAGCACAAGCUUUUGCUCUUCACCAGCUUGCAUCACAAAAUUAGCCCUGUGCCAACCGCGGUAGAAAGAAAAUGAUACAGUAUGGACCUUGUUCACAACUUUGUUGUCUUGUCAUGUGCUUUAAUAUUAAGCACUGAAUGGUAAGCAACGAUUUUAUCUGUUGCUUACUAAAAAACAUAACUGUUGAUUUGCGACUGAAACUACUUAAGGCAGCCGACAUGGUUGCAACUAUGUGCGUACUGGCAAUGUUAAAUGUAGAAUUGCGUCUUGCGUACAGCUUGCUUUAUGUCAGCCAAAUGGGCAUCUUGACAUUUUUGCAAGGUGCAAUGAACCAGGACUUGACCAAGGAAAGCUAAUAGUGAAAAACAACAUAGACCAAGGAAGGAACCUUCCAACCUUUAUUAGAUGGACUACAGACCAAGAUUGCAUGGAUGAGCCUGUGCAGACAUGUAGAUUCUAGUGCCUGUGUAUACUCCUAUAGGAAGCAGAGUUGUGCAAAGGUCUGCCAUAUUUAGAUCUAUUGUGAGGGAAAGGCACUGCUUUGGCUUGCAGGAGCCAGUUAAGUGCUGCCAAAACACACUUUGGCACUUUAUUGUGUGUUGAUACAAUUAUAAUGAACACAUUUCACUUAUUGAUUGUACAUAUGACUUUGCCACAUUGACACAGUGUUUGAAAAGAGUAAUGUGCAUGAAAUGCACUACAUAGGUAAUUGUUGUGGAAGCAACGGUGUCCACCUGGCAACAGAUGGUGUGAGUACAUUGGCCAUGCCUCUCUGUUGAUGGCGGCAUACCUUGACUUAUUUUGAACAAGGCAAAUACUGUUACAAAAUCAAAAAUAAAUUAGAUAAAGCAUGCUUGCAAUAACCACCUCUGUGUUCAUUUUCAGCUAACAAUGUGUGUUCCGUCUUGAUAACGAUGUCACACGUAGUUAUAAUUUGGCAAAGAGCACCAAUGACUUUGAAUACUAAAGGCAGAAAUAAUUGUGACAUAUGUGUAUGAUGGAACAGUAAACAUGUGCUGGUACUCUUGGAAGUGCUGAAACCAGCUCACCACAGGUGUUGCUGCCAUUGUGUUGGCUUCCCUGAUGAAUCAUGACACAAGUGGCUCAAAGAAAAUGCUGAACUCUGCUCUCUAUGGGAGUGUGUAUAGGAACACUAAUACACUUCACGCAAAGCGAUGUGCCUAAAGCUGUGCAAGAAAACAAAGCAUAAUUUAACAGAUAACAUGUCAACCUGACCAUGCCGAACAGAGUAGCCAACUGUCUAGAGAGUUGCUCCUCUUUGUGACAGUGUCUCCAUGACAAAGUACCUUUACAAGUUUUUCUGCUCUUCAAUGUUGUAUGUACAUCACUCAUUUAAUCAUGAACCUCUGUUGAUACAGUCGACUUCCGUUAAUUCGACCCUGACGGACCGACGAAAUUAAUCAACUUAUCUGGCAGGUCGAAUUACACAAGAUGCCGAAAAAUACUUUAAAACACCACGAUUCAUUUUGUCCGACUCUAAUAUACGCCCACGAAUCAAACGCACGCCCACGUUCGAUUUGUACAAAGUAGAAAACUAACGUAGAUCUAGCAGUCAUCAUCAUGUUCCCGUGCUCCAGCGCGUGUGUGUCGUGCUGUGAGGUUACAAUAAUAAUAAAAUAAAAAGCUUCUUCGGCUCCUGCCAUCGGUCCGAACAGUUCUCAGGUUUUUCGCUCGUUGACUCACGCAUUGUUGUAGUGACCCUAACCUCAGCCCUUAUUGUAGAAAUAACAUUAAAGCUCCUAAACAAAGUAGAACUCUCACACGCACCUGUUUUUUUUUUUUUUUAAGGAAGAUAGUUGAGGGUCUAAUGCGUGUUGCACAACGACGGCCAGUUUUCUAAAGUCAGCUUUGCUGCAAUACAUUUGGAUUAUGCGGUAAAGCAUAUGAACGCCGCGAAGCACUGGUAUUCUCCCCGAUUGCACUGCGCAGGCAAUCAUCGGCCCAAUCUUUUUGAAAGAAAAAAAGGCACGUGUUAGGAUAGAGUAAAUACUGUAAUCAGACAUUGUGAGCUACCGUUAUUGCUUAAAAAUCUUCCUAGGGCAGGCCAAAAAUAGGCGUUCUCGACAGGAUAAUGACGUUAAGUGGCGCAGUGCGAAGCAGAACAGAGGGACACAGAAAGGGCGUGCAAUGCAUUCACUGACCCUUAAGCUCUAUUGGGACACACUGCCACUAAAAUGGUUGCUAUUGGAGUCACCGUAGGAGUCAGACGUGCGCGUGCCGACUGUCAAAUUCGAGUUAUCCAGCGAAAGCCAAUUUUAGGAUCGAAAUAAGGAAAGUUCAAGUCCAUAGAAAUGCAUAGGCGCCAGCCAGGAUCGAAUUAGCCGGAGUCGAAUUAAAGGAAGUCUAAUGUAUUACUGAAUUCGGUUUUAACAUAGUUCAGAAAGAGACAGAAAAUUAUAAUACUUGGAAUUUUUCUAAUCUUAAAGAGAAUACUUUAAAAAAAGUGACCUUAUUUUUAAUAGGGCACAGCAUGUGUUAUUUGAAGCGCAGUUAAUUGAAAACAUGUUUUCUUGCGAUACUCCAGCUGCAUCGGUGUCAUUUCUCAGCUUUGGGCAGCUAAAGAAUAAAACUAAUGGUGUUCGAUCCCCUCCCAUUUCCCACCUGAAGCUUGUCUCUGGGUUAGUCUUUUAAUGUUGAAUGUAGCAUGAUGUCCCGAAGAGCAGUAGAAGCGGCGGAAUGCAAGCUGCACAUGCAAUGAAUGCUGCAACUCAAUGCCAGAAGUGCCAAGACGUGGCAGUACAGGAACAUGAGGCUGAGACAAAGCAAGGAUGCUGACCAAGACCUAGCUCUCUUUGGGAGCAGGAGGCGGACGCACAUUAUGCCCUGUUUAGGGAUGCUGCAGUGCAUUUGAAAAAACAAGCCUUACUUUGUGUAAUAUUCCAAUACCUUGCUGUCGCCAUCAUCUUGCGAAACUGCAAUGUUUUUAAAUUGUCCAGUAAGGAGUAAUAUAUGAUGUCAUGGGUGCGCUCAACCCUUAACAUAUGUUGUGUCUGGCAUCAUGUUUUCCCUCAUAUUUUUUAACAAAUAUGUUUUUUACUGCAUUAGACCUCUUUGGCUAUGCAACAGCAUUUACUUUUUCUAGUAGCGGUCUGCAAAAUCACAUGUAGACAGUGAGCAACCUUUCAACUUUGAGUGUGCAUUCAUGCGAAGUCCUCGUUUUGCAACCUCAUUCACUGCAGCAUCUCUCAAAGCGGUUAUAUGUUGCUUUACGACCCCAUCAAUCAAUCAAAUUAAUCGUACUUCUUACUGUUAUAACUUUGCUACCUAUGUAGCUUUUCACUAUUUUGACAUCCAGUUUUAUGGCUAUUUUCACUAUUUUAACGUAUAGUUUUAUGGCUCAUGCAUACAACAGUUUCAUUUACCUUGAGCAUAGUGCCACCUUCAUAUUUCUUGAUAUGGCCAUAACUGUAAGAAGUAAAAAAAGUUACUUUUGAUUUGGGAAGUUUAAUGUCCUAAAGCUGUACCAUGGGCCGAAAUGCUUCUAAAGGUGGGGCACCGGGUCAGUUUCGACUGCCUUGAGUUCUGUACUGUGCCAGCUUUCAUUCAAGCAGUACAGUAGCAAUACAAAAAAUCGUAUGCCAAUUUGACAACUGAUACAUCAAAGACAGCGUUAAGUGAGUUCGUACACUGCUCGAAAGUACUAGGGGUCUGUUUACUGACUCACAGCCUCGCCGCGGCCAAGUGCAGUCCUGGCUGGCAGUUCUCGGAGAAGCCCCCCGCAGCAUUGCGUUGCAGCACCACAACAUCGGCUUUCACUGCCGCAGCUGUACAAUCUCCUAGUUUACCUCCAACGUCGAGCUGGUAUAAUGUGAUGUUAGAAACUAAUAUUAUGGAUGAGUGAUUACAAAAAAGAAAUCACUGACGAUUACGACAUUUCCUAAUGCGAAAUUUGAGUGCAGCUCUAUACGAGCUUUAAUUACGUGAUAUAUUGGCAGGCGCGGACAGUUUGCCUUGUGCGGCACAUUGCAAAUGGAGUGAAGUGGGACGUGACUGCCUCACUAAUCUGGAGACAGUGCGAUUCACAGCAACUGCUGCCAACAGACCUCCCAGACGAUACGCGCUACUCUGGCGCAAUCUCGUAGCCAUCAUCGCCGCACCAUGCUUUUCUUCUCACUCUUUCUCCAUGCCCUCCUUUGCUUUCUGCCUGAUGGUUCUGCUUCACCCUCCUCCUCCACUUUCCUCCCCGCGUCUUUUAUCCCCCGCUGCGCUCUGCGUUCACUUUCAUCUUUCGCUGUGCUUGUUCGUUAGGUUACGCUGCCACCGCCGCUUGCCACAGAAACGGGUGCCUAAGAGCUGCAUUGUAAAAGAAUGCCCAUAUAAGUUGCCUAUUCGAAUACAGUAGACCCUAGUUGAUACGAUCUCCCGGCGCCAACAUUCGUGAUUGAGAACAAGAGAUUACUCAAUACAGUUACACAUUCUUUACCGGUUAAUGUGUUCCCAAAAAACAAUCUCUCGGCACCAAUGUUCAUUCAGUACAUCACCAAACUGCCAGCAUGCACUCAGUUUCCUCUUCUGGUACCAGCAAAUGUCCUCGCGGGUCAUCACACGUCGUAUUCGCAGCUAUCGCUGCCAAACCCUAUUGCGAUAAGCAUCUUCACCUAUGUGUUUCACAGCUCAUGUGGCGUAGUGCCGUUGGAAGCGUAUUGCACACCUUUAAUAGGUGAUAGCUGAAAUGUCGCCAUUCGCAAAGUGAGCAUCAUGUUUCGCUCUGGCAGCAUUGUAUUCCAGCAUUGCACACCGAUUUUGUUUUAGUUUAUGCUGUCAAAAGAUACAGAAUAGGAAACAAAGCGCUUCUCCGACCGCCCAGGCCCUGACAACUCAGCGUGUGUUGGUGUCUCGUGACGCAACGAUUUUUGCCGAGUGGGCACGCCAAAACUUCCCACCAAAGCAGCUACUGACCCAGUUCGAAUAUGAGGGGCGUAAACGCAAGAUAGACGAAGUAGCAAAAACGACAUGCAUCUCCAGCUGCUUGGUGCGUGUCUAUUCGCGGAAUGCUUCAAAUUCUGGAGAUGUAAAGUACAAUUGAGUAUGCCACAUUUUUUUUAGUGACUUCGGGUUGUAAGUUUUCCCCCAAAACAAAUUAACGAGCUUUUGCUGUAUAUGCAAGAUAACUUAUUUUAUAACCAUCGAUCAUUGCAUUUCAAAGAAAAUUCAGGGCUCUGAGACAUGUUGCGUUUAUAUUUGAUAUCGACCAUGCAGUCACAUGCUGGCCUUUGGCACACGAAAACACUUGCAGAACUCCCUUUAACAGCUUUGCCCUAAAGUUACGUAUUUAUAUACACCUCUAAUCAACGAGUUUUCUCAAAUAGAAACGGCCGAGAAGCUGGGCCCUAUUGGUUUGUUUUCCAUUUAAUAAAUGUUGGAAACUUGUGCUGCUCCUUCCUAUAUAUGCUCUGAACGAGAAAGAGAACUGAAGGAAAGCAUAGGAGAAAUUAUUUAAUAUUCAUGCACACAGUUUUGACUCCGUCCGAACUGUGUGCGUGAAUUUGCGAGGUGUAGAAAUGAUCCAGAGGGAAAUGCAAGUGGAUGAAAAAACAAUCUCUCACUGUUUAUGCAGUUAUCUUUCUGCACUCUUAAAACACUUGCACCCUUUGGGGUGUAUAUUUGUCCCACAACAAUAAUCGUCAUCUGCCUUGCUUGCGUUUCCUUUCUUGAAAACUCGGCGCUCGCUACUUUCCUGUUGAGAAUGCUGUGUCAUGCUGAGAACACACAAGCCAUUCGCGACUUGGAAGUACUGGGCUUGCAGCAUUAAAGAAAGGAAAUACGGGCAAGACAGAUGACGAUUAUCGUUGUGGGACAAGAUAACCCCAAAGGGUGUAAAUGUUUUUAAGAGUGUGGAUAGAUGCAGUUUUCAGUUCUUACGAUGGAGCGAAAGAAAAAAGGAAAUGAUGUUGCAGUUUGUAAAUAAAAGGUUCUGUAAGGUUAGAGCCAAAUAGGCACUUGGGGUAGUGUUAACAUUUACCGUGUACAGCAUUGCCGAGCAACCACUUCAAUCAAGGAGCAAGUUGGCACUUGUCUUAAGCGCUAACCUACACACCGGCAUCGGCGUCGGUUCGCGUCUGACAGAAGCGGGAUAAUUCAGCUGGCUGCAUCCACGGUGGCUGACAGGUGAACAAAGGCUAGACUCGGGGGUGCGACCAAGAGGGAAUGUAAGUUUUACAAGAAGAAAAAGGGGGUUCACGAGCCAUUGUCAAUAGAGUGAGAUUCUAGAAACUUGCAGGGUACCCCCCUUUUGUUCAAAGGCCAGUGUAGUGGAGUUGCUGAAAUGGGCACACAGCAUGCCAUCGCCUUCCCCAACCAGCCAGUCUCGUACGCUGAUAUCUGGCAGGGACGUGGGCACCUCUGCGUGAAUCCCCUCUUUAGAUGAGGGAGGGAAGAACUUUCAUUGUACAAACUCAUUCAGUUCCAGAGGCCUUUUGCCCAGAAAUCGUGGUCAUGUUUUCCACAAUUGGACGCAAGCCGACGCUUACGUUGGGGCGUAUGUGUGGUUAGCGCUUUAGCAAUCUUGCAGUGCAGCUUACUGCAACUUGCUUUUUUCUUUUAUGCUCUACAGCAAGAAAGCCAUGGACUGUGUUCAUUUUCUCAAGUUGUAUUUGUGACAUCCCAUUCCCCACCCAUUAAGACAACUUGAGAUGGAAGUUCAAUGAACACUUCUUGAAAGUGAUGUGAACUCGGUGACUUUAUUUUUUACUUGUUCAAAUGAACUAUAAAUAAACUGAUUCUUCCUCUCACCUGGA